UCAUACGCUUCCUCUCAAACAAGCGAACUCAUUCAAGUAUUUGUUGCUGGAGAUCCUGUCUUUAACGUUUGAAGAUGUUUUUGACCAGAUCGGAAUAUGACAGGGGUGUGAACACAUUCUCUCCUGAAGGGAGAUUGUUCCAGGUUGAAUAUGCUAUAGAGGCCAUAAAAUUGGGCUCCACAGCCAUCGGUAUCCAGACAUCAGAGGGGGUCUGUCUGGCUGUGGAGAAGAGGAUUACCUCACCGCUGAUGGAGCCCAACAGCAUUGAAAAGAUUGUGGAGAUUGACAGUCACAUCGGUUGCGCCAUGAGUGGCUUGAUAGCUGAUGCCAAGACUCUAAUUGACAAAGCAAGAGUGGAAACCCAGAACCACUGGUUUACGUACAAUGAGACGAUGACCGUGGAGAGUGUGACUCAAGCUGUGUCCAACCUGGCUCUGCAAUUUGGAGAGGAGGACGCUGAUCCCGGUGCCAUGAGUCGACCAUUUGGUGUUGCACUUCUAUUCGGGGGAGUUGAUGAAAAAGGACCCCAGCUGUACCACAUGGACCCAUCAGGAACCUUUGUGCAGUGUGAUGCUCGGGCCAUCGGCUCAGCUUCUGAGGGAGCACAGAGCUCUCUGCAAGAAGUCUACCACAAGUCUAUGACAUUAAAAGACGCCAUCAAGUCAUCUCUCACCAUUCUGAAACAGGUGAUGGAGGAGAAGCUAAAUGCCACCAACAUUGAGCUAGCAACGGUAGAGCCCGGGAAGACCUUCCAUAUGUAUUCCAAAGAGGAGCUGGAGGAUGUAAUCAAAGAUAUCUAAAGCAUCAAAAACAUGAUGACCUUGCUUUCAAUGCUGAGUAGGAGAGGAGCAGACAUAGAAGAACACCUGGGCUCAAUGUCACAACACAACCACAUCUUUUUAUCAGAUCAGCACAUUCUUUUUCCUGCACGUAGAUUUUUUGGGGGAUUGCAUAAGAGGUUUCUAAUUUUAAUGUGCUAAUUUACUUGUCUCCGAAUCUGUACAACUCUUUGCAGGAGUCUGAUCAGUGCUUACAACUGAGUGGCAAGAAAACAGUGUUGUUUUUUUUAAACAAUUAAACUGUUUUCAGAAAGUG